UUAUUAGCGCGCCGCGGGCUUCGGGUGAGUUCGUGCGCGUUCGUGCGUGCUCGAUGGCUCGAUACGCGGGAGUGGUGGUAGUCGCGGUUUUGUCAGAGGGGUCGCGACAGUCUGAUUUAGCGGCGGAGUCAGGUUGGGUGGUUAGUAUCGUGUGGUGCGCGUCGCGAAAGAGGAUAGAGAGCACGGAACGCAAGAACGCGACAAAAGAGGUUGUCAUGACGUUCGCGUGAGACUCGUGCAUUGUGUAUCGUCGCCAAGAAAUAUGCCGAGUGAUAUCUGGUGCUCGAGUUGGCGAUGUACCGUCAGUGGUGCGACGAUGCAGUGCAAGUUGGUGCUGGUUUUGGUGCUGGUCACGAUUCUACCUGACGUUUACACCGAGAGCCAGGGACCGUCCCCGGAUUUCAGCAGGCACGCGCUGGUCAGGCCGCGCGUGUACCACGGCAGGACCAAGCGGCAGAUCUCAUCCACCAAAGAAAACGACAUCGAGCACGCGGACGUGCUGACGGUGGGCUUCGAGCUGGAUGGGGUGAAGCGCGUGCUGGACCUCAGGCUGAACACCGAUCUGAUCCCUGUCGGCUACCAGCAGCGUCAUCAGCAUCGUGGCGCGUACAAAGUGCACACGCCAUCGAAAGUUGAACUCUGCCACUACCAAGGCAGCGUCCGCGACGUUCCCGGCUCUUGGGUAGCGUUGUCUACGUGCAGAGGAUUGCGGGGAGUCGUUUUCGAUGGCGAGAAUCUUCACCAUAUCCACCCGGAGAAGGAGUCGCUGGACUCGAAACAUUUCGUCUACAAGCACAGCGAUCUCCUGAGCAAUCACACCUGCGGUUACGAGGGAACGCCGCACCAUGUUCUCGGCCGUGAACACCGCGGGAUCGUCAACAGAGCCACGAGGCACAAGAGAGCGGCCGAAGUGAUCCGAGGACCGUACAACGCGGACAAGCAUUCGCGAUACGUGGAGUUGGUCCUCGUGAUCGAUAAAAAAGAGUACAUGGCCCUUGACGAGAAUCUGGACAAAGUGUAUCACCACUGCAAGGACAUCGUUAAUAUAAUCAACGCUCUAUACAUGCCAUUGAACAUAUUCAUCGCCCUGGUUGGCGUGCAAGUUUGGUCGGACACGGACGAAAUAACGCUAUCCCCGAACGGGGACACCACCCUCUCCAAUUUCCUGCGGUACAGGCGGGAGAAGUUGGUGCAGGACAUGCCCAACGAUAACGCCCAGCUGUUGACGCGAAUCGUGUUCGAAGGAGGCGUGGUAGGGAAGGCUCUUAAAGGGCCGAUAUGCACGUACGAAUUCUCCGGUGGUGUCUCCAUGGAUCACUCGAACGUCGUGGGAUUGGUGGCCGCCACCGUGGCUCACGAAAUGGGUCACAAUUUCGGGAUGGAGCACGAUUCCGCUGACUGCGAGUGUCCCGAAGAGAAAUGCAUCAUGGCACCGUCGAGCGGCUCGUCGGGACCCACGCACUGGUCGACCUGCUCCCUGGACCAUCUCGCUCUAGCCUUCGAACACGGAAUGGAUUACUGUCUCAGGAACAAGCCGCAGAAGCUCUUCGACAGUCCGAUUUGCGGGAACGGGUUCGUCGAGCCUGGAGAACAGUGCGACUGCGGGCUGAAAGAGAAUUGCGACAAUCCUUGCUGCAACGUAACUACCUGCAUGCUCCACGGCAACGCUAGCUGCGCCACGGGUAAAUGCUGCGACCUGACGACCUGUCGCCCGAAAACUGCGGGCACGGAGUGCAGAAGCGCGGAGCACGAGUGCGAUCUGCCCGAGUAUUGCACCGGCCAGAGCGAGUACUGUCCAGCUGACGUGUUCAAGAUGGACGGGGAGCCGUGCAGCAUGGGAAAGGCGUUCUGCUAUCAAGGUUCCUGCAGGACCCACAACGACCAGUGCAAGUUGUUGUGGGGACCCACGGGUACCUCGUCGGAUGCGCAGUGUUACGACAUGAACAACAGGGGCACGAAACACGGCAACUGCGGGUACAAUCGCGUCCAGUCCAGUUACGUCAAGUGCACUGACGAAAAUCUCCUUUGCGGAAUGCUGCACUGCAAGCAUUUGAACGAGAGAUUGGAGUUCGGUGUAGAGUCCGUGGCAAUUCUGAGUCAUUCGUUCAUCAACAACGGUGGGAAGAUAAUACCGUGCCGCUCGGCCAUAGUGGAUUUGGGUCUGAAUCAAGUAGAUCCUGGACUGACGCCGGAUGGUGCAAAAUGCGCGCCUGGAAAGAUGUGCGUAAAUCAGAAAUGCAUGCCGGUUGCCGAUUUGCGCGCGACCGUCUCCGGAGGGAAAGCGUGUCCCAAUAAUUGCGGAGGCAACGGGGUGUGCAACAGUCUUGGCCACUGCCACUGCAAUCGCGGCUUCCGGCCACCCGAUUGCACUCAACCUGGCGUUGGUGGAUCCGAGGACAGCGGACCCGCAGACGAUCCGAAUGCGAGGAACGACAUGAUUAUGGCCAUGUACAUAAUCUUUCUGGGCAUCGUGCCGAUGGCUGCCCUGUCCUCAUUCGGCGUUUGGUAUUUGAGAAACCCAGGCCAGCACUGGAAGAAGGGCAUGAUCGCAACGACCGAUCGCGGCCACAAUGGACUAUCCAUCAAAACGAUCGAUCGUUCCAGUCCCUUGCCCCGUAACAUCGAAACGAUCGAUUCUAGCCUCAGUCAAGAUCCAGCGUGCGCGAGUUUAUUGCCGAAACCUGAAGCCGACGAGCGUUACAACAAUAAUCUAUUCGGUCAGUUCAAAGGCUUCACGAUAACCCCGAUCAAGAAUCAGUCGAAGAGCGGCGAGCCUACCAAGCCUGCGCCUCCUCCGCCCACGAUUCCAACCGUGGCGAUAAAAACCAACAUCAAGGCACCGCCUAAGAGCAAUCCGCCACGAAAUUCUUUGCUGAACACAACGUCCUGCUUCACAGAGUCACCCACGGCUCCCAUUUUGCCGCCACUGAAUCCAGGAUGCACGGCGCGUCCUUUGAUCAGCAGUCCAGUCUUAGCAGCUACUACUUGUACGUCCGUCGAGUUGGUGGCGCCGAAACCACCGAUCAGACCUUCUAUGGACGUGCCCACUAGACCUGCACCUGCUCCCCCGAUCUCCAUCGACCUUCAGAAGCCCCAAAGACCGAACAGCACGCCGUUGACCAACCUACUGCUUCCCGAGAUAGAGAAAAAGCCAGAUAAGGGUAGCACUCUGAACAGGUUGGCUUCGAUGCUUCGACCCAAUUCGGGGAUCAUGAAGACGGGGCUACAGGUGUCGCAGAAAGACGACAAGAACACCAACUCUCUGCCUAGAUCGCAUCAUCAUAAGGCAAACAAGGUGAUAGACAAAGAAAUACUCAGGAACUUGGAGAUCUCCAAUCCUAUACCUCAAAAAGAGAUCGAGAUUCCGACACCAGCGAUACCGGUGGUACCUACCACAGAGGCUGAGAAACGUAACGUGGUAUUGCGCGCCCAGUCCAUGAGAGACAGCAAAAUCACACCUAGACCCGCCAUUCACACUUUCGGUUCGAUGCGUCAGCAAACCACUCCGAUUAAAAGACCUACCAGUAUACCAGCUAGCACGAGACCCACGGCACCUCCUCCUGGUCCUCCGACUUCCACGACGUCGACUACGGCGACGACGACGGAGAAGAUGAACGAGACUGGGAAGAUUCCAGGACUACCAGGCUACCAGACGCCGCAGUUGAAGAGCACGCAAAAGCUCACAGACAACGCUUACGAUGACUGCAUGAACCUCGUCUCCGAGUCGUCUUUGACGAAAAUCACCGAGGAAUCGCCCACCAGCGACAACAUCUACGCUGUGAUCGAAGAGGCGAUUCCUGAGAAGAGUAGAAAGACCCAGACGGAGUUAGACAAGCGCAUAGACAACGAAUACAAACUGCCAAAACGCGUCGAGACCUCUGCCAACCCUGCCAACUUGGAGCCUAUGGGUCUGCUCUCGGAGAUCGUGUCGGAGAUAUCGAAUCGGAACUUCGAUUCUAUAUAUUCCACCGCGACCUUGUCUCGAAAAGCGAAAGAGAACGCAGAGACGUCCAAGAACGCGGAGGACUUGGGGUCGAACAGCUCGCUGGGAGCCUACGUGAACUCCAACCAUUACAAAUCGCCAGGCAGCAUUUACUCUAACUCGGCAUCCGGGAAAUUCAAUUCAUCCAGCUCCACGACUAGCUCUGGCUACUUGAAUCCGUCGGUGCUGAACGUGCCGCGGCAACAGUCCGUCAACGUCGAGUCGAAGACGAUCGACAAGAGCAAGUUGACGUCCCUGAAUUCGGCGAAUCCGAAUCUGAACGACGAAAUAUCGAAGGAGCUGGGCAUGAAGCCCGCGACAGGGGAUGUCUCUUUGAUGAAAACUCGGCCGAUUCAACGAGUCCCUGGAAGCCAGAAAGGCGAAGAAUCGGUGGUAGACGGCAAAGAGCCUGCGAAACCACCCCUAGGGAGGACGAAAACGCCACCGCACAUCGCCAAGGGUUCGACGACAAAGGAAGCAAACGACGCGACGAAAACUGCCACCAGACAAGCUCUGGACAACGCGUCGAAGUCUAAACCGUACUCGGAUGGAAACUCCAAACCGUCGAAACCAGGAUCGGAUGUAGGUCAAACGAGUAACGCGCAGAGUCCUGACAAACAGGACUCUCGUACGAACGUUAAUAGAUUAUCUAUGAAAACUGUGCCUUGUAGCCCUAAGGAUAACGGGGGAAAGUUCAACAGUCCUGACGUAGUGUCGAGCUGUUCGAGUUCCAAUCAAAGCAGUACAAAGUCGCCGGACGUUCUGGGAAACAAUCCAAAGUUUAGCUUUCAGCCGAAGACGGUUCAGAAGACGCCCACGAUGCCGCGUGGCAGCGCUACCAAGACGCCGUCCGCGCCGUUGAAACCGUCGAGUAUCGCGACCAAGACAGCUAGUCUCGCGGAGAAGAAGAAGUCACCUACUAACGCGAGCAAAUCGUUCGGAGUGUCUGCGAAAGAGUCGAUUUCGAAGAGCUCGCUACCGAAGGCAGCCCAGAAAACAGAGACUAAAGGUGCAGGAGACUCGGGGACAAAGACGAACCCAGUGCAAAGAGCAGCUACAGGGAAAUCCAACGUGGCGUCCCUUCAACAAAAGUUCGAAGCUAACAAGAACGUUAACGCGUCGAGGACGGUACCGAGCGCACAUAAAAAGACGGUUGGGAAGACGAUAGAGAUGACAGGUGUCAAAAAGUAAUAAACGAACGUGUAGGGACUGCGCGAGAUAUUCUAGUCUGUCGUUGAUUCACUUUCAGACGAAGUGAAGACGUACGAGAUACGUCCGAACGAUAUUUCUAUGAUUUUAUUUUAUUUAAAGAGAUCGUAUGGGAAAGCAAAAAGCCUAUAGAGCAGUGGUUCUUAGCCAUUCUAAGCUCACGGCACAGUUUAGAAGGACAUUCUUCGUUUCUUCGAGUCAACUCAAUUCAAACAGUUUGUGAAAGGGAGACAUAGCUCUUCUUGGUCGUAAUUGUAGUAAAAAGUUAACGCUUAAAUGUUUUAUAGGUUCUUAAAUUUGUACUACAAUUAUUCAGAAUUAGGAACUGUGCUAGGAGUUUCUUCUAUAAACUGUGCCGUGAGCACAAUAAGAUAGAGGCUCGUCUCCAAAAUUGCGCUUCUAAUUACAUUCGCGGCGCAGUGGUUGAGAACCACUGGUACGGUGCAACGAUCAUGAACCUUUGACUGAAGUUAUCGAGAGAGAAACAAUCGAUCGAGCAACUUCGCGACUGGAAUUUUUGUAUUUACUGCCGGAAUACCAAGAUGUAGCGUCGUUGGGUAAAAAUCAAGUGGACGAUUCGUAGGCCAAUUGAAUUUACUCCAACCCUAGGUUGUGUCAGCCGUGAAGUUCGCGGCGUUAUACAGAAUGUACCAGAUCACAUGGUUUCAAUAGAAAUCACCUCCUUUCGGGUUGUACCCCGAUAUUUUGGGACACCCUGUAUUACCACUGUAAAUAGUAGUUACUUAAAAAUUCUAAUAUUUUUUGUAGACAUCAUCCAUUUACCGGUAACGUUCGGAUAUACAUGAAACACUAACGAUCGUCGGGAUAUUUAUCGUAAGAGGAUUUUUUAAACGAGAUGACAAAGUGAGCAAUAAUUUAUUUUGAAAAAGUUUCGCUCGAGUAACGCAAGAGGAACGCGUAAGAAAUUAUUGAACUCUGUGAUAUACGUGUAACGAAAGAUAGCACAGAAACAUCAUCGUACCGUACGUAUUAUAAUAAAAUAGCAGAUUAUAGACGCGACCAAAUUUAUCAUUUUAUAAACAUAGAAAGUUUUCAAGGACGAAUUAGUCUCUCGAGAGGAAAAUCAUAUCUCAGAAAAAAAAAAAAAGAAACAAAAUGGACUGUAUAUGGAGCAGCUUGUUCACUUUCCAAAGACUAAACGUUAAAGUCCACCUUCGUGAAUGCAAUUGUACCUUCGAGAUUCCCCCGCGAAUCAAAAAUUUAAACGCGACUAGCCAGCGAACUUAAACGUUAGUGUCCGCUAGAGUAAACGCCUAUAAUCUAAGCAAAAGCGGGAUUUCUUCUACGACGAAGUACGACUAGAGUACAACGGUAGGAAUAUUUUGCUUAAACAGCACGACUUCGGUUGUCCCGUUACUCUCGUUUUACACGUAUCUUUCUUUUUCGUUUUGCUUUUUUUUUUUUUUUAAUAUAUAUAGACUCACGUUCGGGACUGAAUCGGCCUCGAACGCAUUGACGAUGGACGAGUUUCGGGCACCGAUGUCUGAUCGCUAACUCUAGCAUCGUUAGACACGCAAAGACUAAAAAGAAAACAACUAUUUAUUUGACUGACCGAUAUGUAAAUAUGUUUAUAAUGUAACAUAGAUGUAAGUCACAUUUUGUACAAUGUACCUUCGUGCUCGCUAAGUUAAUUCGUGGACUACCCACCCUUGAACGCAUACAUGCGACUUCAGCAUUUAGCUUUUUAACUGUGUCUCGUUCGAUUUGUUGUUAAGCGCGUAAGUUUCGCCUGUACCUCUCUUUUCCCAUCUACCCUCAAAAAAAAAAAAAAAGAACAAAGAAGACGAAAAAGAAGAAGAAGAAGAGGAAAAAGUAAAGGUUUUAUUGAACGGUACAGUUGUAAAAUAUUUGUGCAUUUAUUAUUUACACGAAGCGAUCUCUCUCUCUCUCUCUCUCUCUCUCUCUCUCUCUCUCUCUCUCUCGUGAUGUAUUUUUACUUGUAUACGAUUGUUCGCUUUUAAUUUAUACAGUUCCUAUGUACAGACGUUUCGAUGCGUUGAAAUUACUUUUUCUUCAUUUCUUUAGAAAUCGCAACUUUUAAGUUCAAUAAAGCUUUUCGACAAUAUCCAUCCACUAGGCGUGUCGUUUAUAGUCGCUCACCGCUUUCGUUCGUUAUGUUUUUCGCGCAAUAGCAUCGUAUGUAUUGCUCUGAUGUAAAGACAAUCAAAUGUUUCGCACACGGCAUAUACGACUACAAAGAGAAAAAUAUCUGUCGAGGAAGCCUUGACCGACGAAAGAUAUCAUUUUUAAGAGUACCAUUCGUUUUCGAACACGUUUUAAAUUGAUUAGACGAGGUUCGUUAAAUGCAAUCGAGCAGCUACUAUGGAAAUUCUAUGAUUCUGUUGGCAAUUGUUUUGCAGCUUAUUGUAGUUAACAGAUACCGUCGCAUUCUACGUUCAAUACCAAAGAUAAAUCGCAUUCUACGUGUUAAACGGCCAAGAUGUAGACUACUUAAACGUUGUCUUGAAACUUGUACAUUUCCCAAUCCAUGGAAUCGUUAGAAUAAAUUCUUUAUUCCACGCAUGCGAUUUCUGAAUCAUUGACGCCGUGAUCGAAAGAAGAGGUAGGUAAAUAAAUUGUAUCUAUAGCAUAGCAUCGAAAUUAGAAAGAAAAUAAAAGAAGGAAUUGCAUUCGUAAAUUUUGUGUAUAUAACAAAAGAAUGUGGUUCGCGUAGUCCUAAGCUGUACAAUCCGCUCGCAUAAUUAUUUUUAUAAGUAACAUUACGCGAAUAAGCUUUCUUCCAUUAUUUGUUGAUUCUUUUUUUCCACAUGUUUUGCUGAUCGAGCGCUUAAUUUAACGUUGAUUCGUUUAUUUUAAUUCCAUAGAACUCGGGCAUUCUUGUACGAAAAUUGUAAUAAAUGGAAUCAGCUGUGACAAUCGACGUGGCUUCGAAAAAGCUAAUUUAUCAUUUUAUACUAAAAUUGUGAAUAUCAAAUGUUUACUCGAAGAGUUUGCCAAGUGGGAGAAACCUGCCUGUCGUGGUAUUCCUUUCCAAUAGAAUUUAUUCGAGUAGACUGUACAUUUAUAACGGAUGUAUUUGUCGAUAAGUUUCUAUGUUAAAAUAUUGUAAACAGCAGUCUCGAAGACUUUAAAGCAUGGUCUUAUUUACCACGUUCGUUUCAUUUCUAAUGUUUAUCUUGUUCAGAUACGAAGAAUAAAAAGUACGGUUUCAUAGGUUACGCGUCGCGACGAAUUGUUUCGAUUCAACACGAUCGUAAAUUUAUAAAUGGUGUAAGUGUUGUGUCGAAUUAAUGCGAUUAUUGAUCCUUGUCGGUGACAAUAUUACAAAUAACCUGUGAACGUAGCGUUGCCAAAUGUUGCCCAACUACCUAAACACCGCAUAUCUAUAUGAAAUCGUGAGGAAUCUUAACGUUCGAUGGUUUACUAAGCGCUACGUUAUUACUGUGGAAUAAAAUGCACGCUUAUGACAUAUAAGAAUUGGAGUAAAAAUUCCAGAAUAUGGUUACAUGUUAGAAAAAUUCAUCCUAAUUUGCAGGAUAUUACGAUUUUCUAUUUUUGUAUGGUGAAAAUGGCUCAUGCCCUGUUACCGAAUCUUAUCCGUAAACCUGUAACAUCUAAUAUGUCUCCUACAGAUUUUACUCCAACAACUGCCUUAUCCGAGGUGCUGAACUCGGAUCCAGUGAAACGUUUAUUCAGUCGACCAAAUAUUGUUAUUAAAACGAUUCCUUUAAAUGUACAUGCAAAUUCUACCUCGAAUAAUAACAUUGCUGUAAACAA